GCGCCGCCUCGGCCAAUCAGCUGAGGCGGUGGAUGAGACACGUGACUCGGAGCGUCCAAUAGAUUCAGAGCGGUUGCCCGGUGAGCUGCCGUUUGUUUCAGGAAGGGCUCGCACUGAUUCGCAGAAUGGAUUGGAGCCGGGGGUUACCUGUUGGCCAAGACAGACCCGCUGAGAGCCGGCCCCUGACGAAGAAACGCAAACUACAGGAUGAAAAUGCAGAGCAACAGAAUAUCACUGGAAGUACAGUUAACAACCGGAUCCCAUCAUUACAACGCUCACGACUUCCACAGCCUUUAGCGAAGAAGACAGAGCUGACAACAGCAGUGACCAGAACCAACCCAGUUGGGGCUGGGGCUGUGAAGAAAGUUGCCUUCAGUAGUGUCUCCCUCAGUACAUCCAGGAGCAAGGUGGCGUCAAGCAUGGCUGGCAAGGGGGCGAAGAGUCACUAUGGAGCCCGGCAGGCGAUGACAGUGAAAGGGACUGAGAGCAGACCUGCAACAACGGCCACUGUUUCCAACAGCACUUCAGCAGCGCUGAAGAAGCGCCCAGCUUGGGACUUGAAAGGCCAGCUGGAGGACAUGAAGAAACGGAUGUCGGAGUACUCGGGAAAGCUCCAGCUCUCGGAGCAGCAGAGGAAAGAGUUUCAGGAAAGUGCGGGUUUGCACAGCAAACAUUUGUCUGCCGCCGUUUCACGAAACAAGGAGCUUGAAGACAAGCUGCAGUUACUGGAGCCUCUGGUGCAGAGCACAAGUUUGGAGUUGGAGAAGUACCGACGAGAGAACGCUGCCCUACAGGAGCUGUUACAACUCCGCGACACUCAACUCAGCACUUUAACUGCUGAAGCUGAAGAACUCUCCGCUGUGGUCAAAGCGUUAAAGGCCACGCUAUCCUGCAAAGAGGAGGAGCUCGUGCAGAAGACUGAGUGUCUGGAGGAACAGCAGAAGAUCAUUGCCAGUCAGGCAGAUAAACUACAAAGUAUGGAGCAGACACUUACAAAUCUGGAGCUGGAAAGACGGCGACUGCACAAUACAGUACAAGAGCUGAAGGGGAACAUUCGUGUCAUCUGCAGAGUCCGGCCACUCCUGGAGCUGGAUGGAGAUAGCAACAUGGCGCAUAUUCAGUUCUUGCCCAGUGAUGAGAAGGUGAUUACCCUGUUGAAGCAAGAGGCUCGCACUGGGCACAACCGCAAGGAAGAUGCGAAAUAUAACUUCAGUUUCGACCGCGUUUUCCAGCCAGUGGCGAAGCAGGAAGAAGUGUUUGAAGAUAUCUCUCAGCUAGUACAGUCUGCUCUAGAUGGAUACAAUGUGUGCAUCUUUGCCUAUGGUCAAACGGGCAGUGGCAAGACCUAUACAAUGGAGGGACCUGAUAACUUCACACGGGACACGAAGGGGAUGAUCCCACGAGCUGUCGACCAGCUCUUCACCACUGCACACAGACUGGAGAGCAUGGGAUGGGUGUACAAGUUCACUGUCAGCUUUCUGGAGAUCUACAAUGAAACGAUCCGCGACCUGCUGGUCAGAAAGCCGGAGAAGAACGUUGAGUAUGAGAUCAAGCAGCUGAGCAGCACCAACCAGCAGCUCCAUGUGACGAACCUCAAGUACGUCGGUGUUGAGACACAGGAGGAGGUCUACAAACUGAUUGCCAUUGCAAAAGCUAACCGAUCAGUGGCGAAAACCGCAAUGAAUGAUCACUCUUCGCGAAGCCACAGUGUCUUCCAGCUGCACGUAGAAGGGACGGAUUCUGCCCACGGUCUGCAGUGCACGUCGACCCUGUGCCUAGUGGACUUGGCAGGCAGUGAGCGCCUGACUAAAUCGCAGUCGAAAGGUGAACGUCUCCGCGAGGCUCUGGCGAUCAACACAAGCCUCUCCUGCCUCGGACGUGUUUUCAUGUCGCUCUCCAACAAGGAGUCGCACAUUCCUUACCGGAGCAGCAAGCUGACAUAUCUCCUGCAGAACAGUUUGGGAGGCAACUCCAAAGUGCUGAUGUUCGUGAAUGUGUCUCCUCUGGAAGAAAAUUUCAGUGAAUCACUGAAUGCCUUGCGUUUUGCCUGUCAGGUGAACGAGUGUGUGAUUGGGACUGCACAGGUGAACCGUAGACACAUCAUGUGAGUGAACUGGUACCCAAAGCCGAGAAAUGUAUCGCAUCUUCAGUAACAUUGCGUCUCCUCAAUCGCUCUCUUUGCUUACCAGCUCUUGGGCUCUUUUUUUAAUUACUAUUUCAAUCAAUUUUAUUGGUAUUUUAAUCAAUAAAGAUGAAUUUGUUAUGUCAGCUUGUUUG